GCCAAACUGCUUUCCGCUUCGGUGAUCCCGCUGAAUCCCUCCACACUCCUUCCAUCACUCAUACCCACCCAUGUCGUCCUUUUUCAAGCGCCACCCAGCCGCGGGUGGUAGCGACGACCACGACCACGACUCCGACGAUGAAGAAAACAUAGACCCCGAGCUUCGCCUGCGCACCGUCCGCACAGCCCAUUCGGCAAUUGCAGAGAGUAUCGUGGCUGAUGCUCGCCAAGUCCGCCGGCGGAGGAGAUUCUUCAGGCUGCGAGGGGAGAAGGACAGAGAACGGAAGUUUGAGGAGGGGAAGCCCAAGCCGAAUGGAAGGCGCCGGAAUAUAUAUGUCAACACACCGCUACCGCGAGGAGAGUUGGACAGUAAUGGCGACCCCACGGCGAGGUAUCCGAGAAACAAAGUCAGGACUACCAAGUACACUCUCGUCACCUUCGUCCCAAAGAAUCUGACGGAGCAGUUCUCUCGAAUCGCCAACAUCUUCUUCCUUGUGCUCGUCAUCGUACAACUGUUCCCCGUUUUUGGCGCUGCAUCUGGUGCUAUAGCCGUUCUCCCUCUCGCUUUCAUUCUCACCGUCACCGCCAUCAAGGAUGGCAUCGAAGACUACCGUCGGGGCCGUCUUGACGAUGAAGUAAACAACUCCCCCACCACCCGUCUCCCCAUCAUGAAUCCGAAUCAGCCGCGGGACCCACGCUCCUUCUUCCAACGUCUCUUCGGCCUGAAUAAGCCCGGCACCGUCAGUCGUGGUGUACGCAAGCUCCGCUCAGUUGAAGCUGCUUCUGCACCGUUUGGAAGUGAGAGCACGCUCAACGUGGAUGCGCGCAGUGUGAAUGGAUACGGAGAUACAGGCAGCACACACAGUACCGCACAUUCUUAUCCUCCCCCGCCGGUCCUGGACCCUAACAUCCACCCUGGAGCAGCCCAAUGGGAAAGGACAUUGUGGAAGAAGCUGGAAGUCGGGGACGUGGUUCUCCUGAAGGACAACGAGCAGGUGCCUGCUGAUAUCAUCGUGCUCGCAACCUCUGAUCCAGAUGGCAACUGUUACCUCGAGACCAAGAAUCUGGACGGGGAGACCAAUCUCAAGCUGCGUAAAGCAUUGACCGCUACUCGAGGCAUGUCCAGCAACGAGGAAGAUGUGCAGAGGAUGCGGUUCAUUCUUGACUCGGAACCCCCAAGCCAGAACCUCUACCUGUACAAUGGCGUGCUGCGCUACCGUGACUUUACUUCGGCCCAGUUGGUGAACGGACAGCUUGGGCAAGGCAACAAGACACCUGAAGAGCGAACGGAACCUGUCAGCAUCAAUGAAUUGCUUCUUAGAGGCUGCUCUUUGCGGAACACCGCAUGGGUCGUUGGACUGGUCGCGUUCACCGGAUCUGACACUAAGAUCAUGCUGAAUGGUGGUGAUACUCCGAGCAAACGUAGCAAAAUUGAGCGGGAAACCAACUUCAAUGUGGCUGUCAAUUUCGGAGUGUUGCUGAUCAUGUGUGUUGUAGCCGCGAUCAUCAGCGGCGCUCAGGAUGCCCAAACUGAUACCUCUAAAUUCUUCUAUGAGGCUGGGUCUGAUCCGACGAACCUCUACGUGCUGAAUGCACUGGUCACUUUUGUGUCCUGCAUCAUCGCAUUCCAGAAUAUCGUUCCCAUCUCGCUCUAUAUCUCGAUCGAAAUCGUCAAGACUAUCCAAGCGUACUUCAUCUCACAGGAUGUGGACAUGUAUUACGCUGGAUACGACACUCCCUGUGUUCCAAAGACGUGGAACAUCAGUGACGACUUGGGACAGAUCGAAUACGUUUUCUCGGACAAGACGGGCACCUUGACGCAGAACGUGAUGGAAUUCCAGAAAUGUUCUGUGAAUGGGAUCGCAUAUGGAGAGGGUGUCACCGAGGCCCAGCGUGGGGCAGCCACACGAGCUGGCAACGCCGAGGCCAUGGACCCCCAGGAUCUCAGUGCUAAAUUGGCUGGCCUCAAGCAGCAGAUGGUGAAUGUCAUGCAGCGAGCAUGGUCCAAUCAGUAUCUGCAAACGGAGAAGCUCACCCUCGUAUCGCCUGUGCUCGCAACGUCGUUGGCGACUCCAGACUCACCGGAACGACCGCAUCUCGUCGCAUUCUUUCGCGCACUGGCCUUGUGUCACAGCGUGUUGGCCGAGAAACGGGGGGGAAGCACGAACGACGAUAACAAGGAACCUAUCCGCAUUGAGUACAAGGCCGAAAGCCCCGACGAAGCAGCCCUCGUCGCCGCUGCCCGUGACGUCGGAUUUGUCUUUGUCAACAAAGGUCGCGAACUGGUCGAAUUGUCUGUGCUGGGUCAGACUGAGCGCUGGACGCUACUCCGUGUGCUGGAAUUCAACUCGACGCGGAAGCGGAUGAGCACGAUCUACCGGGCGUCUGAUGGUCGCAUCAUCAUGUACUGCAAGGGCGCUGACAGCGUCAUCUAUUCCCGGCUUGCGGAAGACCACGAGCAAGGGCUGAUGGAAUCGACGCGGAGGGAUAUGGAGGCUUUCGCGAACGGUGGAUUGCGGACGCUUUGCGUGGCCCAAAAAAUCCUGACGGAGGACCAGUACAUCAGCUGGAGCAAGAGUUACGACGAGGCAGCCAGCCGAACCGAGGGUCGAGACGAUGCCAUCGAGGCGGCCUGUGAUCAGAUCGAGCGAAACUUGACCAUUCUCGGAGCUACGGCGCUGGAAGACAAACUGCAGGAAGGUGUUCCGGAGGCUAUCGAGACACUGCACAAUGCUGGGAUCAAGCUGUGGAUCUUGACUGGUGACAAACUGCAAACGGCCAUCGAGAUUGGAUACAGCUGCAACUUGCUCAAGUCGGACAUGGAUCUCAUGAUUCUAUCUGCAGGCUCUUUCCAGGAAGCGCGAUCGCAGAUCGAAGCUGCGCUGAACAAACUGUCGUCAGUUCUUGGCCCUCCUUCCUGGGAUCCACGGAAGCGCGGAUUCGUGCCUGGCGCCCAGGCGUCGUUUGCUGUCGUCAUUGACGGCGAUACCCUGGCCCACGCUCUGACACCCGAGCUGAAGGAGAUGUUCCUGAACCUGGGCACGCAGUGUGAAACUGUGGUCUGCUGUCGAGUAUCUCCCGCGCAGAAGGCUCUGACCGUCAAACUGGUCAAAGAAGGUCGGAACGCAAUGACACUUUCUAUCGGCGACGGUGCCAACGACGUGGCGAUGAUCCAGGAAGCGAACAUCGGCUGCGGAUUGUUCGGGCUUGAAGGCUCGCAGGCAGCGAUGUCGGCGGAUUACGCGUUCGGACAGUUCCGGUUCUUGACGAAGCUGUUGCUUGUGCAUGGCCGGUGGUCGUAUCAGCGGAUCGCGGACAUGCAUGCCAACUUUUUCUACAAGAAUGUUAUCUGGACGUUUGGGAUGUUCUGGUUUUUGCCGUUCAACAGCUUCGAUGCGACGUACCUGUAUCAUUACACAUUCAUUUUGUUGUGCAAUCUCGUCUUCACGUCGCUCCCGGUCAUCGUUCUCGGUGCUUUCGACCAGGAUAUCAAUGCCCGGGCAGCUUUGGCUUAUCCCCAGCUCUAUGUCCGUGGCAUUCGUGGUCUCGAGUACACCCGUGCCAAGUUCUGGAUCUACAUGUUUGACGGGCUGUACCAGUCGACGGUGAUCUAUUUCGUGCCGUACCUGGUGUGGAGCUUGGGCUUGGCCGUGUCCUGGAAUGGCCGAGACAUUGAUUCGUUGACGGACUUUGGAACGACGAGCGCUGUGUCAGCCAUCAUGGCUGCGAACAUAUUUGUCGGCCUCAAUACCCACUACUGGACUGUACUGACCUGGCUUGUGGUCUUUGGCUCGACACUUGUGAUGAUGAUCUGGAUUGUGAUCUUCUCGCUGUUCGUCAGCCAGAACUUCAUCAACGAGUUCAUCGUGUUGUUUGGCGAGUUGACUUUCUGGACGACAGUCGUGCUUGCGACGACCAUUGCGCUCGCGCCGCGAUUCAUCUCUAAAUACUACUCGACUGUCUACUCGCCCUUGGACAAGGACAUUGUGCGGGAGAUGUGGGUGAUGGGUGAUCUCAAAGAUCGACUGGGCAUCAAGCAUCGCAAUGGCAAAGAUCGUCGAGGGAUCUAUCCGACUUCGCCACCGGAUACGAUGAUCGAGCAAGAAGAGCCGCACGAGACGAUUCCGAUGUUUCCUGACAACGGCCACAUCCGAUCGACAUCAGAACUGUCGCACCACCGGUACCAGCUGGCUCACAGCUCGAGUCCCGAGGCGACGCCGGCAAUGGGUUACAGCGACCACACUCCACCGAGCGAGCCAGAGCCCGCGCAGUUCUUGUAUGCGCCGCAGCCAUCGUCGAGAGUGGACCAUAGCAGUCCCCAUGGGUCGUACUACUCUGCAUCCGAGAUCCCACCCCCAUCUCCACAGCCUUCCCCAAGUUACCGACUACCGAAUGGGGAGUUGACGUCGACACCGCCGAGUCGCAGAACGAGUAUCGCGACGACGUUGCGAUCGCGGCAGGUGCCACCCUCACCAUCAUCACAGACGCUGUCGCCGCCGGCGAGCCAGCAGCACUUCGAGAUGAUGGCGGUCAGGAGCCCACCGUCAGCAUAUGCUCGACCGCCGAGUUCGACAGGUCACGGGGGCGGCGGCGGACAUUCUAUGCGCAGUGCCAGCCAGGCGAGCUACGUGAGCUAUGCAACGGCGAUGGAAGGUUCCGAGGACGACGAACCCGGGGACGUUUAUGGUGGACUGGACGUGCCGCCGGAUCCGAAGCGGGUCAGUAAUACGUCAUGGGAUGGUGGACGGGCUAUGUGAUGAUGAUUGUACGUACGUAGACUUGAUUUGUAGCAUGGAGGGGACUGACUAUUUAUUUGCUUAUCACUAUCACUGCAAUCCAUGUAAAGUGCAAUCAUCUGAACGAACAUAUCUGUCGGUUAGAUAUUAGCGUGCAUGCUUUUGAGUAUACUACGAAUAGGACGCCGAGAUCGCCUUCUGCUCCAGUCAAAUUAUUGCUGGGGUGCGCACUGAUUCAUGCAAACACUGGCUUCUGGAACCAUUUCCACUCGAAUGGAAGGAUUGAUCGAGAACAGAGCAGAGGAAUUGUGAGACUCUCAGAACAAGUUUGGGAGAGAGAAAUAACCUUCCUCGAUGUGCUAUCAUGGGGAGAAGCACGCCAGGAAUGGAUAGGGGUGUU